AUGCAGUUCUACCCCAAAGCGCGAGAGCAGCGACCUAGCAUCCAUGACCCAUCUAUUAGGCCGCGUCGAAUUGGUGUCCUAAAGGCAGCCACCUUCAAUUUACUGCUUCUUCAAGCUCUAUUCCUGGGUCUAUUUUGUUACAUAUUCGGGUCCCUUUUCCAACAGUCCGGACACAUUCACAACAUCAAUGUGUUGUUCGUUGACUACGAUGGUGGCGCGAUAGGUGAUGCGGCCCGCGCUGCGGCUCAAAAGCUCAAAGGACCCGGCUUUCCAACUUUCAUUGAGCAAUCUGCCUCCGUCUACCCUCAGCCUGGCUCGAUUGAAGGUGCAGUCUGCAACAUCAAAUACUGGGGAGCACUGUACACUACAGCAAAUGCGUCGAACGCAUUGACUGCCGCAUUUGCGGGUGGGUCUGCUGCGUCUUUGUACGACAAGAACGAUGUUCUUACCAUGGUGUGGAAUGAAGCGCGCUACCCGACGGUCGUUGACUCAGUCCUUGCAGAUAGCAUCAAAUUGUUCUCGGAAACUGCACGUGUUGCUUAUUUCCAGACCAAUGGGAAACGGUCCCUGCAGAGUAUCAACAGCUCUGAUUCUGCUGCGCUUGGGGCGUUCUAUGAACCUUGGACAUUGGCCAGUAACAAUAUUCAACCCACCUCACAAGGGUCAAGAGUUAUCUACAACACGCUUGUGAUCAUUUUGAUCAUGAUCCAGGAAUUCUUCUACCUGGGCACUGUCAAUGGUUUAUACGCUCAAUUCAAACUGUACACAUCGGUGUCACCCCAUCGCAUCGCCAUUGUGCGUCUGAUCAUAUCUUUGAUCUACACACUCAUCGGGGCUAUGUGUACAGCCGGCGCAAUCUGGGCAUUCCGAAGUGGUUGGGAUGUUAACGGAAACCAAUUCGCUCUCACUUGGUUGGUACUAUGGCUUUUUGCGCAUCUGAACUUCCUCGUGCUAGACGUUUUCACCAUCUGGCUUCCACCUCCUUACGUACCGAUGGCGCUGAUAUCAUGGAUUAUCUUAAAUAUCACUUCCAUCCUUCUUCCAUUCGAGCUGUCCCCUGCUUUCUACAAAGUAGGCUUCGCAUUACCUGCACAUGCUGUGUUCCAGGUACUCAUCGACAUCUGGUCUUCUGGGUGCAACCCCCAACUGUAUUACGCCCUACCUGUUCUCUUCGUCUACGAAGUCCUUGGCGUCAUCUUAAGUACCAUCGGUGCUUAUCGAAGGGCCCACUACGCGUGUAUCAAACAAGAGAUGGACGAAAAGGCUUGCCAAGAGCAGGUGGUGGCCACACUCCUUCAGCAACAAGAGGCUCAAUUGGCCAGACGGGAGACGACACGGGAUACCCAAGGAAGCGAAACAUCGGACAGUGGGAACGGAGAAGGGGUUGAUAUGCAAAGACAAAGACGAGGCACAGUGACAACACUCAGAGAGCAAGAUCAAGUGGAGUUAGCCAACAUCAUCCACCGUGAGAUGUCCCGACCGAAGGUUGAAAGACCAGGUACUAGCCGAGAUAGCACCGGUCCGUCUUUUGCCUUGGCCUACAAAGAUUGA